UGUGGGUCCCAAACAAGAAAAAUAGGCCCGCCCACAUCUUCAGGGACAGGUAUCGCGAGCAACUAGCUUCCAUGUUGCCAGACCAGGUGGUGUGGCAGCCAUAUGAAGCUCAUUUUGACGACCUCCCGCCGUGGUGUGUUGCAGGGAGGGCCGUAUGGACGGCAAGGGUGCCGCUUGUAUGUUUCCACCUAGUAGAGAAACAUACACCGGAUCGUGUUGUUCGUCAAUUCGGGAUGAUCCAAGAAAUUCCCCGCGCUGUUAACACUGACAAAGUGCUUCAUGGCAUUGAUUUGAGGGGGAAGAUCGGUGUUAAUUGGAUGCAGAAGCAUGCUGCGCAUAUCCUUGAGUGGGGUAAUCGCUUUGAUCGGCGUUGCGAAGCUGUGCUUGGUGAUAUGCCUCCAGAGCACGAGUACCACGACUGGUUCAAAAGGGUGACUCGGAGGUUCAUCGAUAGGCCUGGUGCUGUAGUGACUCUGCUGGUCUAA